GUGGAGUUUGGUGACAUUUUGGACGGUGAGGAUGAUCACGUGCGCAAACUCAGCUGACAAUAACCCCCGCCGUCUGAGAUCAACAGGCCCGCGGGCACAUCCGCGCGCUCUGACGGCGGCACGGGGCUUCACUCCCGUCCGGCAGCGGAUUUCCCAGCUGCCACUCAAACCCGCGGAGGCUCGGCGGAGAGGAGGGACCAGGAGGACGCGCAUCCAUCCAUCCAUCCAUUCAUCAGUCCCGCAACUGAGCGCACUCCGCUGCCGCCCGGACCUCCCGCCUGCUCCAGCCAGCCAGCCAGUCCGCGCGCGGAGGCGCGAGACCAAAUCGUCUGUCUCACGCGCAAACCGGCGAGCAGAGGAGGCAGUUGGGGAGGACGUCGAGGAGAAUUUUUUAUAAAAGGAGCUAGUCUGUCGGAGGCGGAGAGGGGAAUCCACCGCCAGCCAAACUCCAAUCCCCGGCGCGCGUUUGUCCGCCCAGGUGGACGUCUGCCUGCUGUGGAUAAGGAAACCAUGACCCAGGAGGGGCAGGCUCUGCCCUGUCCCACCCAAACGGAGAACCUGGUGGAGCCAAACGCUGCCACUGACCUGAUGUUAGAGGCCCCCCAGGAGGGGGCUGAGGAGAGGCCGGAGGCGCCGGACAUCACGGAGGACAGGAAAGAGGAGGAGGAUGUAGGAGGAGAGACAAAGGAGGCAGACGGAGAGGACGUGGGAGCUGAAGGAGAGCAUCCACAGACCAAAGGAGAGGCGGGGGAGACGACAGAGGAAGAGGAGGGAGGUGAAGAUACGCACCCACCCACGGAAGAGGAGACAUCUGAUCCUCGGCAACCUGAGCGGUUGGAAAACGGCAUCAACGAGAAGGAUGAAGAGGACGAGGAGACGGAGGAGGACGGAGAGAAGAUAAACGCUCAUUUGGACACCUUCAGCUCCAACUUUGAGACGACUGUUGAAGAGGCUGACACCGAAGUGGAGGAGGAGGAGGAAGAAGUCCAGAGGGACGGAGAGGAAAGAGAAAACCAGGACAGCUUCAGCUCUGCGUUCGAGCAGAUUGUCGAGCAGGUCGACCUUCAGGAGGAGGAAGAGGAGGACGAAGAAACGCAGCUAGAGGAGGAGGAGAGGGACAAGAGCAAGGUGGACAACAAGGACGGCUUCAGCUCGACUUUUGAGCGCAUCGUAGAGUCCGCCCUGCUGCGGGGCGGGACCUGCUACAGCAGCCUGGACUCUCUGGACGUUCUGUCUCUGACGGACGAGACGGACAGCUGCGUGAGCUUUGAGGCGCCGCUGACGCCUCUCAUCCAACAGAGGGCGCUUUUCCUGGGGCCUGAACCGCUGGAGCUGGAGUUGGCGACCGUACAGGAGCAGGAAGGGGCUGAGGCUGGACCCGAGCGCCUCGAUGGGGAACUUGUAGCGGGGGCCGGAGCCCAGGCUGGGAUUGGAGGAAGUCCCCUGAGGACAACCAUACCUGGAAGCAGGUCGGAGUUUGUGCUGAGCCAGCCGGGACGCUGGAACAUCCCCAAUGGAUACCACUCAGAGAGCCAGAGGGCUUUUGAGGGCUGUGGAGCCAUGACCAACUCUGUCAGCGAUGCCAACCUCGCAGACGUGCUGUCUGACUCGGAGGAGUGUGAUCUGGGCAGUCUGGAGCCUUUGGAGCGCGGGAGCACCGACACUCUGGCCAACGGCUGCCGAGCGGACAGCGAGGCCGCCAAAAGACUCGCCAAACGGCUUUAUCACCUCGAAGGCUUCAAGCGCUGCGACGUGGCCAGACACCUGGGCAAGAAUAAUGACUUCAGCCAGCUGGUGGCAUCAGAGUACCUGAGCUUCUUCGAUUUCUCAGGUCUUUCUCUGGAUCGAGCUCUGAGAAACUUCUUAAAAGCUUUUCCUCUGAUGGGAGAAACCCAGGAGCGAGAGCGGAUCCUCGUCCAUUUUUCCAGACGUUUCUGCCACUGCAACCUGCAGACGCUCACCUCCGAAGAUGGAGCCCACACAUUAACAUGCGCCCUGAUGCUGCUUAACACGGAUCUGCAUGGACACAACAUUGGGAAGAAGAUGUCCUGCCAGCAGUUCAUCAGUAACCUGGACGGCCUCAACAACGGCAAAGACUUUCCCAAAGAUUUACUGAAGGUUCUCUAUAACUCAAUCAAGAACGAGAAGCUGGAGUGGGCCGUUGAGGAGGAGGAGCUCAGGAAGAGUCUGUCCGAAUUAGUGGAGGAGCAGUGUGAGGGCGGGAGUAAGCGUGUUGCCAGGGUAACGGACAGCAGUAACCCUUUCAUCGCCAUUCCCAUUCUGUUGAAUGCGGUCACCUACAAGCACGGAGUGCUGACCCGGAAGAGCCACGCGGACAUGGACGGCAAACGCACUCCCAGAGGUCGCCGGGGUUGGAAGAAAUUCUACGCCGUCCUGAAGGGAAUGAUCUUAUAUCUUCAGAAGGAUGAGUACAAACCCGAUGCAGAUCUGUCAGAGGUGGACUUGAAGAACGCCGUGAGAAUCCACCACGCUUUGGCCACGCGCGCCACCGAUUACAGCAAAAGGGCCAACGUGCUGAAGCUCAAAACCUCAGACUGGAGAGUCUUCCUGCUGCAGGCCCCGAGUGAGGAGGAAAUGAUGUCAUGGAUUUUCCGGAUAAACCUGGUGGCGGCGCUGUUCUCAGCUCCAGCCUUUCCUGCCGCCAUCGGCUCCAUGAAGAAAUUCUGUCGGCCCAUUCUGCCGUCAUCAUCAACACGACACGGUCAGGAGGAGCAGCUGGUGAGCCAUGAGAGACAGCUGAAGCAGGUGAGCGUGGAGCUGGAGGAACAUCGCAAAAACCAGCCGGCGAUCGACCCAAAGAGCCGAGAGUGGGAGGAGUACCGACUCAAGGAGCACUACCUCACAUACGAGAAGACCCGGUAUGAGACGUACAUCAGCCUCCUGAUGGCCAAAAUCCUUGCUGAGACGGACGACCUGGAGAAGAUCGAGACCAGCGUGAUGGGGAGCCUGAUCACAGACGGUCGCGAGUGCCUCCUCCGAAAGACGCAGUCCUCGCCGUCCAUCAGUCAAGCCCACGCCGGCUUGAACGGAAAGACGGCCGGCUGCUCGGCUCUAGGACAGAGGACCGGGGAAGGGAGAUGAAGAAAGACCGGACAGUCGAAGCAGCUCCUCCCCGUCCCUGAAACUAGAAUAAUCCUUCAACUCCUUACCGGAUCUGUAACUACUUUGCUGUGUUCGGACUGCUUUGAGUCUCCACUCCCUUUCCACGGCAUGAUCAAACCCGAGCAAGUGUUUGUCCUGGAGCAAAACGUGAAGAAGACGAGGAGCAUGCCCUUCAUCCGUUUUUUUUUUCUACUUCUUUCAUUAUUGCACAUUAAAAGCGAUCACAACUGUGAUCCCUAUUUAUUGCUACACCAUCAGUAUUAUCUGUAAACCUAAGUGAAGCUUAGUUUCGAGCAGAAUUCUGUAAGGCCAAAAAAGAAAACACUUCUGUUUCCGGUCCGUAUUCUGCCGUCAUGGAUUCAGGAAACGGGUCCGAUUAAGACGGUAAACAAGGUACUGCUGGAGCGUAUCGGCUUUCCUUCAAACCCACGCUCCCACUCUCAGCCAGGCACGUGUUCAAUGGACCUACAGCACAGGCAGAUUGCAGCGUACGAAACAUAUCUGCAAGAAAGUCUCUGCUUAUCAUAUUUAUUUAUUUAUUGAGCCUAUAUUUGCCCCCGAGAGGGUUUAAAGUGUGCACAGGAGCUGCUCACUUAGCUGAAGGUGGAGUGCCUUACCGAAGGCCACAGAGUGAUCAAAUGUCUGGUCAUUUUGGGGCUCUGGAAACCCCAAACUCUAACCUUUUUUUUUGUCUUUUGAGGAAGUAAAAUGACUGUUUUUCUGAAUGAAAGAAAGCACUGUGCUGUUCGGCGUUGCCCCCUCACCGCUUCUUUUUUUAUCAGCUGACGGAGCGUAUACAUAGAAAUAUAUGUUUGGGUGGGAGGUUUCUGAUUAUAGAAUGUGGGGGGGUUAGAGGCCUCUCAAAAUGCUUGAUGUUUAGCUAAAAUAACAGGGUUUGUAUUACUUUAUGAGGGACGUACUGAGCGCGCUCAAUGAGCUCUACAAUCAAAGCUGGAUUUCUCAAAAUCAUCAUCUUAGACAAAAGUUUUAUCAUAUCCAUGGACCUAUUAAAGCUUUUACCAGCUUUAUAAAACGAUGGAAAUUCAUUUAUUUAGUAUGCUUCUUCCAAAUUGAAUGUUUAUAUUUUUAGAGACCAGAUCCUUGCCUUUUUUUUGUUUAAAAUAUAUAUUUUCUUUUAUUUUAUUCCCCCUUUAGCUUUUGGCUGAUAGCAGAGUGUAGCAGCAGGACUGCUUCAGCUCAGGAAACCUGGUUGGAGGAGGAGACGCCACGUAGGUGUGCAGGAGAUCAGGUUCCUGAGAAAAAAAAGCUUUUCUUAGCAUGUACGUCCAUUUAAAAAAAGCUGAAUAAAAAAUAGGAAGCAGGUCCAACUCUUGAAGUUCUUGGGGAGGAGCAGUGGUGGUACCGCCGUUUGUGAGCACCUUAACCUGAUGUAUUCUGACUCAUCACGUAUGACACAACUGUAGAUGCAGCUACACCACCCCCUUCCAGUCCUGGUGGGGCGCAGACACCUGACGCUACCACGGCUGUAUGAACAUUUAUAUCCCCGGCUCUUGGUGCUGCACUUCUCCUGCUUUUUGUAACGCCACACACAAACUUUUAAAUCCUUUUGGGACUUUGCUGGAAACUUGAAGUCACAUCUGGAAUUCUGGAGCCGGAGACUUGUACAGACCACAGGACAGGAGAGGGGUUUUUGAAGAGGAACGUACCAUUUUUGAAUAAUAAAAACUGGUGUGGUUAGAUAAAUAACUGAUUUCUUACUGGGAUAAUUCCCAUUAUAGUCACUUUGGCUAUUGUGCUAACCGAUGAUUCCUAAUGUUUUAGGGUAGGCCUGUGCUGUUAUAUCCUAUUGUGGAAAAAAAAAAUGUGUGAAUUGUUACGAUUUAUUUAAAAAAAAUUGACAACUUUGGCACUUUGAUGCUAAACGGAUUUUUCUUUUAGUUUUGUUUGUAUAUUUGCGGUUUGGAACAGGAUGAUCCUACAAUGUAAAUGACAUAUUUACCGAAUAUUUAGUCUGUGCUUCAUAAAGCAAGCUUUCAUAUACAAA